AACGUGACUCUGAGAUGCCAAGUUGACGGUUAAUCCACGCUCUGACAUCAAACUGUUGACCGACUCAACAGUUCUGAAUGAAGAAAAAAACUCUACAGUGGCUGAGUAUACGUUGUACGCGACUGGAUGUCUGGAUUCUGAGAAGUACACGUGUGAAGCCGCACAUAAUAACAUCUCGUCAUAUAACAAAACUGUUUUACUCAGUGUUCUGUGUUCACCACGAUUAGACGAUCGAGUACAGUUCAAACAAAAAUAUUCCGCGGCUGUAGAUAGUACAGUUACUAUGGAAAUAUCAGUGAUUGCGAAUCCAGCACCAUUUUCAUUCAAGUGGUAUAAACUAACAGAUGGGAACAAUAAGACACUUCAAAACAGGAGUUCAUACGAUGAAAAAUUUGGCAUGUCAUAUAAAGGAACGCUCACCUUAAUUGGUAUCCAGAAGGAGGACUUUGGAAUCUACCAGAUCGUUGUCUCUAACAAUGUAUCAAGAGAUCUAAUAGAGGACAUAGCACUUACACAGGAAACAGGAGACGGAGCUUCAAUUAGCAGCUUGACGUUGAACAAUCAGCCUACAAACCUUACAGUCAACGAGGGGGUUAACGUGACUCUGAGAUGCCAAGUUGACGGUAAUCCACGCUCUGACAUCAAACUGUUGACCGACUCAACAGUUCUGAAUGAAGAGAAAAACUCUACAGUGGCUGAGUAUACGUUGAACGCGACUGGAUGUCUGGAUUCUGAGAAGUACACAUGUGUAGCCGAACAUAAUAACAUCUCGACAUCUAACAAAACUGUUUUACUCAGUGUUCUGUGUUCACCAAGAUUAGACGAUCGAGUACAGUUCAAACAAAAAUAUUCCGCGGCUGUAGAUAGUACAGUUACUAUGGAAAUAUCAGUGAUUGCAAAUCCAGCACCAUUUUCAUUCAAGUGGUAUAAACUAACAGAUGGAAAAAAUAAGACACUUCAAAACAGGAGUUCAUACGAUGAUACAUCUGGCAUGUCAUAUAAAGGAACGCUCACCUUAAUUAGUAUCCAGAAGGAGGACUUUGGAAUCUACCAUAUCGUUGUCUCUAACAAUGUAUCAAGAGAUCUAAUAGAGGACAUAGCACUUACACAGGAAACAGGAGGAGUGGCCACAGCCGAAGAUAGUCAUGUGAUAAGCUAUUGUGGCUGCUGUGAUAGGAGUAGUUAUUUUCCUGUCGCUGUUUAUUGGAGGUGCAGUCGUUUACUGCAAGACGAAACGAGCAAAAGAUGACACACUGAUCACAGUCGAUGCAAG